UUUUCUUUUUCUCUUACUUAGGAAGGCUGUGGAAGAGUUACUUAAAGAAGCAAAACGUGGGAGAACCAGAGCUGAAACAAUGGGAGCUAUGGGUUGGUUGAAGUGUCCUCUUGCUGGUACAAACAAAAGAUUUCUUAUUAAUACCAUCAAAAACACAUUGCCAUCUCAAAAAGAACAAGACCAAGAGCGUGAGCAAAAGGAAGAUGAUAAGGAGUCUGAGCCAAACAAAAGCAGGAAAGAAGAAAAACCAAAGAAACGCAGAAUUCACCCAUAUACACCCAGCUUUCAGUCCAGAAGGAGAGUCAGCUACUCUCCUCCAAGGCACCAGAGCAGGAGCCAGCACACAAAGGAUAAACAUGAAAAGCGAUCAAGCAAGAGAUGAGUGACAAGUAUGUGUUGUAACAAGUCAGGAACGUCAUUAAGUGUAGGAAAGCAGGGGUGUCUCAGUUUUUCAAGAAGAGUUGAUGUUCAAACUUGAGUUUUGAACCAAGUUGCCUGUGUGGGAAGUAACCUUGAGGCAGCUUUAGAAACUUUUCUUUGGGACCUUUGAGAAAAGCAAAGUACAGCAUAAAGCAUUCAAUUGUUUUAGAACAGACAUUCCCUUUACUCCAUUCCUCUCUCCCCUUCUGACUAAGCUUAGGGUCCUGGUGAUGGAGCGUGAUAUGUGUGUCACUGUCUAAUAUAAAUCAUGUCACUCUUUUGGAAAUAAAUUUAAAUUAAGCAGAAUUAUAUUUAUUGUGUGAAGUCUGCAGAACUUCUUUGCUGCUAACCAAUAAAGAAGUUUUGCUUAUUUGGGUUAGAAUUUAGGAGAAAGCUGGUCGGUGCCUGACCAAGGAUAUGCAUUUUGUAUAGAAUAUAAGAAAUUGCUUCCUUUAAUGUAAAAAGAACAAAUUUAAAAUGGGCAAUGCUGGUUUUGCUUUCCAGGAGCGACUUCUGGGAAAUACUGUUUUUGUUUGUUAAUGUGUAUUCACAAACCUAUCAUAGAUAACAAUAAACAUUACCCCUAAAAAGCUGCAACUGCAAUAAUUGUCUCUGUUUAGACUUCCCUCUGUAAGGAAGUAGUCGGAACAGUCUGUUGUCAUGGUGCUUUCAAAACAAACCCUGAAGACAAAAUCUUCAUAUUUUCUGUCUACUGCUAGAAAGUUUCCAAGUAAAUAUGUAAUACCAGAAAUACAGAGGUGAUGUUUAAACUGUCAAAUGCUCACUUCCAAGCCUAUGUGACAAUUCUGUGGUGGUACAGUUCCUAAACUUGUCACUGCGAGCACAAAUGAUAGGCAUUGGCAUCUUCUACGUCUCACUUCUGUUUGUGUUACAUUAACAAACUUGUGCGUGAAAUAUUUUGUAUUUUACUGUUCUCAGAAAUAAUUGUUUUCAACAUCGGUUUGUUUUUGAGUGUGUUGACAAUAAAAUCGACAACGUUCAUUGAAA